AUGAUGGAAGUGAAUACCGAAUACAGAGAAACGUUCAAAAUUCACACAACGAAGAUUACGCAGUUGUUAAUGAAUGAAGUGAAAAAUGAACAAGUAAAUGCUGAUAUUGUAGUAUGUACCUCAUGUGGUGAUAGUAUUUUGUCCAAAUAUUAUCUUCGUGUAGCUGAUAAAUUAUUUCAUGAAGAAUGUCUUCAAUGUACAAUUUGCAAACUAUCGCUCGAAUCUCAAAAAUCAUGUUUUAUCAAAGGAAUUCAAAUAUUUUGUCGUCAAGAUUAUUACAAACGUUACAGCAGUAUAAAAUGUUCAAAAUGUGAUAGAAAUAUUCAGCCAAGUGAUUGGGUUCGUCGUGCAAAAGAACAUGUUUAUCAUUUGGCUUGUUUUGCUUGUAAUUCAUGUAAAAGACAAUUAUCUACUGGAGAAGAAUUUGCAUUAAUAGAUUCUGCCGUACUAUGUAAAACUCACUACUGUGAAAAUUCUGAAAAUGAUGAUUCAAGACAUGGCAAAGCCAAGCGAGUUCGAACAACUUUCACCGAGGAGCAACUUCAAGUAUUGCAAUCAAAUUUCGAAGUAGAUUCAAAUCCAGAUGGACAAGAUCUCGAGAGAAUAGCACAGAUUACGGGUAAGCCAAAACAAGUUUUUAAAUGA